GCCGAAGAGGUCUGGGAAGCGGCCGCCGAGACCUAGUCCCUCGGUUCACCACCCCGCUCCCCGCCGCCACCGCCCCAGCGGAGGGGCGCCGCUUUGGGGUCUGAGGAACGGAUCCCACCCCACCCCCGUCACACACCACACACACACGGCAUUUCCUCGGGUUCCUGCCGCCGCUCUGGGGAAGAUGGGCCUGUUCGCCAGCAGCCCUGCGCCGCCGCGGCUCUGAGGAGUUGAAGGACAUCUAUGUUAACAAUAUUCUGUGAAUUCAACAUUUUAAAGAAUUCUAUGAAGAAAUCAAAUGGGAUUUUCUUACAUCAUGACUUAAUUUGAAUACAAGAAACAAGUUGCAUCUUUAAGUAUAAUGAAGGGCUGUGUGUGAACACUGGCCCUGACUCAAUUCUAAUGAACAUUUUAGACAUGAGUUUACAUCGGCAAAUGGGUUCGGAUCGAGACCUUCAGUCCUCUGCUUCAUCUGUGAGCUUGCCUUCGGUCAAAAAGGCACCCAAAAAAAGAAGAAUUUCAAUAGGCGCUCUGUUUCGGAGGAAAAAGGAUAACAAACGCAAAUCCAGGGAACUAAAUGGCGGAGUGGACGGAAUCGCGAGUAUUGAAAGUAUUCACUCUGAAAUGUGUACUGAUAAAAACUCCAUUUUCUCUACAAAUACCUCUUCUGACAAUGGAUUAACUUCCAUCAGCAAACAAGUGGGAGACUUUAUAGAAUGCCCUUUGUGCCUUUUGCGGCAUUCUAAAGACAGAUUUCCUGAUAUAAUGACUUGCCACCAUAGAUCUUGUGUGGAUUGCUUACGACAAUAUCUGAGGAUAGAAAUCUCUGAGAGUAGAGUCAAUAUCAGCUGCCCAGAAUGUACUGAACGCUUUAACCCCCAUGAUAUUCGCUUGAUAUUAAGUGAUGAUGUCCUGAUGGAAAAAUAUGAAGAGUUUAUGCUUAGACGAUGGCUUGUUGCAGAUCCUGAUUGUAGAUGGUGUCCUGCUCCAGACUGUGGAUAUGCUGUGAUAGCUUUUGGAUGUGCCAGCUGUCCAAAAUUAACUUGUGGACGGGAAGGCUGUGGAACAGAGUUUUGCUACCACUGUAAGCAGAUUUGGCACCCCAACCAGACCUGUGAUGCUGCCCGACAAGAAAGAGCCCAGAGUUUACGUUUGAGAACGAUACGGUCUUCAUCUGUUAGUUACAGUCAAGAGUCUGGAGCUGCAGCUGAUGAUAUAAAGCCAUGUCCACGAUGUGCUGCUUAUAUAAUAAAGAUGAAUGAUGGGAGCUGUAAUCACAUGACAUGUGCUGUCUGUGGUUGUGAAUUUUGUUGGUUAUGUAUGAAAGAAAUCUCAGAUUUACAUUAUCUAAGUCCAUCAGGAUGUACGUUUUGGGGAAAGAAACCCUGGAGCCGAAAGAAGAAAAUAUUGUGGCAACUGGGAACACUUGUUGGUGCUCCUGUAGGAAUUGCUUUAAUAGCUGGCAUUGCUAUCCCUGCAAUGAUUAUUGGCAUUCCCGUGUAUGUGGGCCGUAAGAUUCACAGUCGAUAUGAAGGCAAAGAUGUUUCCAAGCACAAACGGAAUUUGGCCAUAGCUGGUGGAGUAACAUUGUCUGUAAUUGUAUCUCCAGUAGUAGCUGCAGUAACUGUAGGUAUUGGUGUUCCUAUUAUGUUAGCGUAUGUCUAUGGUGUUGUUCCAAUUUCUCUCUGUCGAAGUGGAGGAUGUGGAGUCUCAGCAGGAAAUGGAAAAGGUGUCAGGAUUGAAUUUGAUGAUGAAAAUGAUAUAAAUGUUGGUGGAACGAGCACAGCUGUGGACACAACAUCAGUAGCAGAAGCAAGACAUAAUCCCAGCAUAGGGGAGGGAAGUGUCGGUGGUCUGACUGGCAGUUUGAGUGCAAGUGGAAGCCACAUGGAUCGAAUAGGAGCCAUCCGAGACAACCUGAGUGAGACCGCCAGCACCAUGGCGCUGGCAGGUGCCAGCAUAACAGGGAGUCUGUCAGGAAGUGCCAUGGUGAACUGCUUCAACAGGCUGGAAGUACAAGCAGAUGUACAGAAGGAACGAUGCAGUCUGAGUGGAGAAUCUGGCACCGUCAGCUUGGGGACAGUCAGCGACAAUGCCAGCACCAAAGCAAUGGCAGGAUCCAUCUUGAAUUCCUACAUCCCGUUGGACAAAGAAGGCAACAGUAUGGAAGUGCAGGUCGAUAUUGAGUCAAAGCCAUCUAAAUUCAGGCACAACAGUGGAAGCAGCAGUGUGGAUGACGGCAGUGCCACCCGAAGUCAUGCUGCUGGUUCAUCCAGUGGCUUGCCGGAAGGGAAAUCCAGUGCCACCAAGUGGUCCAAAGAAGCAACAACAGGAAAAAAAUCAAAAAGUGGUAAAGUGAGGAAAAAGGGCAAUAUGAAGAUAAAUGAAACCCGAGAGGACAUGGAUGCCCAGUUGUUAGAACAGCAGAGCACGAACUCGAGCGAAUUCGAGGCGCCUUCCCUCAGUGACAGUAUGCCAUCUGUAGCUGAUUCCCACUCAAGUCAUUUCUCUGAGUUUAGUUGUUCUGAUCUAGAAAGCAUGAAAACUUCAUGUAGUCAUGGUUCCAGUGAUUAUCAUGCCCGCUUCGCUACUGUAAACAUUCUUCCUGAGGUGGAAAACGACCGUCUGGAAAAUUCCCCACAUCAGUGUAGCAUUUCUGUUCUUCCAAACACUGCUUCAUGUUCCGAAGUUCCACAGUUGGGUCAUAUUGCUGAAGAACAUGGCAACAGUGGAAUAAAACCUAACGUUGAUUUGUACUUUGGUGAUGCACUAAAAGAAACAAAUAACAACCACUCACUUCAGACAAUGGAAUUGAAAGUUGCAAUCCAGACUGAAAUUUAGGCCCAUAAAUGCUGCAAAAUAAAUAUCGCUGAACAACAUUGUUUGGAGCUGGUUGAAUUACGUGUGACUACUUUAAAGUUACCAUCAAAAUCCAGGUUUCAUAAUCCUGUGCAUUUUCUGUGUUCAGCAAAAGCAUUGUGUUUUGUGUGGGUCAUUAUUACCAAACUAUGAAACGAAAGGCUUUAAAAGUGCAUUAUUGUAAAGAUAAUUUGUAAGAGCAAAGCAUGUUCUGUGUGUUUAACACAAAACAUUGCUUGAAGCACAUAUUUGUGUCUUUAGAUAGAAGUUUGGCUUUAUUUAUAAUCAAUAUAAAAUACUAAUGGAGUUCUACAGCAUUCUUAUGAAGAAGAGUUGAGGAUUGCAGAUCAGUGGUUAGUGACAUUUUAUUGAAACCACUAAGGGAUACUAUGUAAAAGAACUUUGCAGGUUGCUCUGGUAUGUGAUAUGUUUUGUAAUAUUUCUGUUCAUAACUGGUCAAAAAAGUAACUGGUCAAAAACCAUUUUUCCCUUCAUCUGCAAUGUGGAUGUAUAGAGAGAGCUUAAUGCAGCCCAUUUGCAACCAUUUGGAUACUUAGAUACUUUGAACAAGACUGUGGCAGCGUUUGCACAACUUUGAAUAGAAAUACUUGGUACCCUAUAUAUCUUGUAUCUUGUUGAUGUCAUCUUAGAAGAAAAAUAUAAAGGUAGGUAAUUAAAUAUACUGACAGCAGCAAAUAAGAUAUAUUAAAACUGCAAAAAUAAAACCCCACUAGGCUCUAAGUAUUACAAAAAACCCACCUUUUUAUUGAGUGCUGAUGCCUUUGGAAUAAAGUGGGCUUUGCAGGCCUGGUCUGAGGAUUUUGCUAUAUUGUUUUCCAUAAUGUCCUAUCACCUUGGAUUAUAUUGAAAAAUACAAGAAAUAGAUGAACUUAAGUGUGAUUAAUAAAAAUGCUGAAACAGUAUUAGCCUACCAAAGACAUGCUCAGCCUCUAGUGAAUAACAUAAUGCCACAUAACCUCAGUUUUGAGCACAUGUAUAUCUUCGCCAACCCUGAAAGCAAAACUUGGAGCAGAGCCUAUACCAAGGCCCAAAAGGCCUGCUUGGUUGGCUGUUUUCUUUUGCUUUUGUUGCUGGAAGAUGCUCAGUUGACAUAAGCAGAAGUUGGCCAAAAUACUAUUCUAUUAACUUCCUGGUAUAGAUUCUGUUAAAGCAGGUGAAACUCAACUAUAGCAGUUUACAAUGUCCCAUCUUACAUGUUUAAGUAUUACCAUUAUGGUGCUAUGGAGCAUUUGCUUUUGAUAAAAAGAAAAAUGUCAUGGGCUGCAGUCUUUCUUCACUUCUCUUCACCAGGUCCAAUAAUAUGCUUAUAACACUAGUGCCAGUUAUUUUAUUUGAUAAAGCUUAUUAUGUAUUUGUAUAUUUGUUUGCAUUCCAAUCUUGUUCAAUAAUGAGUGUGUAAAAUGCCUAUGAAAAAUAAAUGUAAAUACUAAUGUACUGAUGCCGUGCAUGAUAUAUUUAUAAGAAUAAGAAUGUCCAUCUGAUACAUGGUAGUAAUUUUAGAUAUAAGAAGACAUUGAAAUGAUCUUGCCUUCUCAUCGCACCUGUAAGUCAUGCCUUUUCCUUCCCAGGAUUCUUCUAUUCAUCAGAUUUUCAUUUUUCAGUGAGCUGGUUGAAUUUAACCACAGUAAGUAAAUCAUUACAUUGCGAAAUGAGAUCUGUAUUAUGAAUUCUCAUCUUAGAAAAGUAAAAAGAUCGAAAGGAUUGUUACAAGAGAUACUAUUCUGGCAACAUGAGAUGUUAAAAAUGAAACCAUCUGAAAUCAAGUUAGUAGUAAUCAAAUGCUUUCAAUUGUAACCUUUAUAAAAUGAAUAGUAGAUGGUUUUUCUGUUUUCCUGGUACUUGAUAUAAGGAAACUUUAGAAAGUGUGUGGGAAAAUGGAAUCAAGACAUGUUUUGGUGCAGAUUUUUUUUUUUGAAAGCCAGGCAGUUUUUUCAUGAAUGCCUUUUCCGUGCAUUGUUACUGUGUCUCAUGAAAAUAAUGUUGAGUGCCCUGACAUUUCUGUGAUGUGUAAAGAUAAAACGGAAAGUGGUAGGAAUACAGAGAAAGUGGUGUCAUGUGGGUGGCCAGUGCAUCUGCUUUGCUGCAUCCCCUCUUCCUUUUGCCCUAACCGGUACCUCCUCAGUCUCACCUUAAAGUUCUAGGUCUUUCAGUUGACUCUGAAAGUUGCUUGUCACCCGAGAUUUGUUAACCUUGCCUUAAUAUAGAACCAUGCCAGAUUGCCCUGGAGCUCAACUCUGGGCUAGACUAAAAUAAGGAAUACCCCAGGGUAUUCAAAACCCGGCUAGACUCACUGAAAUCUUUUUCGGACCUGUGGUACUUUAUUUUUCUUUAAGGUCUACAGGAAAAAAAAAUCACAUGGUAGUGAAAGAAAAAAACACAUACAACAAUAUGGCUUAAGUGUACAACACAACAACUUGGGAACACAGAAUUUCAGUUAACUUUUUGCUAUAUUCAAAUUUACAUGAUCCAUCACUCAUUUUUGUUGGAAAUUGGAUUAGAUUAUAAAAAUAUGAAACCUUUUUUAGAGCAUAUUAGUAGGUAUGUUAUAACUGUCAGAGCUAUUGAUUCCUAUUUGGCAUGAUCAGAUAACUCCUGAUUCACAAAUGAUUUUGUCUUUCCAUUCAGAAACCCUCAAAGCUGCAUUUCAAAUGGUUCCUUUUAACGGGUUGUCUUGCUUAUUCAUUACAGAAUAACAUUGCUAAAAGCCACUGACUGUAUGUACUAGGUAAUUUUGAAUGUCUGAAAUGGUGUUCUCGACUUGUAUAACAAUCCUUAAGUGAAGAGUGAAAGGAAGUUUUUGGUUUUAGUUCCAGAUGGAAUCACUAUGCCUUUUGGUCAAUUUUUGUGAGUUCUACCAGUUCUAGUUCACUCAGUAGAGUUACAAAGUAGAAGCUGAAGAUACAACUUAGUACCAAAUAAACAUUCUGGCUUCAAGGAGCUUUUGUCACUGUAAAGAGAAAGACACAAAUAAAAAGCAAACAACGGGGUUAAAAUAGUGUCAUAGGUGCUAUGACAAUGAGUGGGCAAUGGGAACAGAGUGGCCGAGGUA